AAAAAAAAAAAGAAAAAAUACAAACUGAUCUCUAAUUUCUUCUCUUCUUUAUUGAAAACCCUGAUCAGGCAACCAUGUUCCCCCGCCGCCUCCGCCCUAGUAUGUGCCCUUAGGGUUGAUUUCAUUGCUUGAUCCACACGUAAGCCUCCUCUUCCUCUUCUUCUUCCUCAAAUUUCCUGCGCGCCUCCACUUUCACCGGCCGGAGAAAAGGGGAAAAAGAAAUGGCGAGAGCUUUAGUACAGUAUAUCGGAUUACCUUGUGUGCAUCCUGCGUUGAAUUUCUCCCAAUCUAAAAUGAUUAUUAAUUAUGCUAGUGGCAACAGCAGAAACUCAUCAACCACAACGUUUCCUUUGGCGGCAAACCCUUUGAGGUUGAAUCUGAACAGUUUUACAGGACUCCGUUCGGCUAAAUUGGCGUUUGGCAGUUUGGUCGUCCGAUGUGGCAAAAGUUUUGAUAUAGAAGAGGAUUAUGAAAACAAUACUACUACUACUUCCGGUUCAGGAGAAAGCCAUUACCACCGAAAUGAAUCAUUUUACAAGGCGUUUGAACGGAUUAAUAGGCAAUCUAUAAUGGUUGUUCUGCUUGCACAAGAGGAGGCAAGGCGUUUGGGCCAUAAUUUUGUGGGCACGGAGCAAUUAUUAUUAGGUCUAAUUUCUCUGGGUACGGGGAUUCCAGCUGAGGUUCUGAAAUCCGUUGGUAUCAAUUUGAAAGAUGCCCGUUUGGAAGUAGAGAAAUCAAUCGGGAAAGGGAAUGGAGUUGCGGCCUUGGGGACCCCUUUUACCCCGCUUGCAAUCCGAGUUUGGGAGAAUGCCCUUAAGGAGGCUGCCCAACUGCGUGAUUCUCAUAUCAAACCGGAGCACAUCUUCCUCGGGUUGAUUCGCCUGGGCGAAGGCGUUGGAGUUAGUGUCAUUGAGAAUUUAGGUGGAGAUUUUGGUGAAAUUCGGAGGCUGGUGAUUGGAAUGAUAAAUAAAGAUAAAAAACCAGCACCUGUUGUACUUGAAGAGUACGGUACGGAUUUGACAGCGCUUGCAAAUCAGGGGAAAUUGGAUCCUGUAAUUGGAAGACAGGAACUAAUCGGGCGUGUGAUUCGAACAUUGGCCAGAAGGUCGAAGAACAUUCCUGUCCUCAUUGGAGAAUAUGGAGUUGGGAAAACAGCUAUUGUUGAGGGUCUUGCUCAACGGAUUGCCAAUGGUGAUGUUCCGGAGUCAAUGCAGGGGAAGAAGGUCAUAAAACUAGACAUUCGACUCCUGGUUGCGCAAGAAGAAAAUAGGGAAAAAAGGGUGAAGAAAUUGAUUGAGGAGAUGAAACAAAAUGACGAAAUCAUAGUUUUUCUUGAUGAAGUGAGAUUUAUUGGAGAUGAUGCUUACGGUGUGGGAGCACUUGAUGCCGCAGCCAUUUUAAGACCUGCCCUAUCUCGUGGUGAGAUACAGUUUGUUGGGGCUGCUUCCGAGGCACAGUACGCUUUGUAUAUCAGGGAUGAUCCAACACUAGAGAGACAUAUCGAGCCCAUUAAGGUACCUGAACCUUCUGUGGAUGAAACUAUCGAGAUUUUGAAGGGGCUUAGGCAGCGAUAUGAGACUGAUCACAAUGUACGGUACACAGAUGAGUCUUUGGUCGCAGCAGCUAAGCUCGCAGACGAAUGUGUCAGUGACCAGUUCUUACCAGAUAAAGCAAUCGACUUGAUGGACGAUGCUGGUUCUCGUGUUAGGAAAUGUCAUGAUCAGGUUGGAGAAGAAGUAAAAUUACUGGAGAUUGAGCUGGAACGUAUCACUGCAGAUAAGUUAGCUUCUGUUGAUAGUGAAGACUUCGAAAAGGCGAUUGAGUUACGUGAUAGAGAAACAGAACUUAAGGAAGCACUGAUCAGCAAAGAGAGAAAUGUGGUGGAAACUGAGUCAGCUGUAGUUGUGACUGGAAUGGAUAUCCGGGAUACUCUGCUGUUGGACUGGAAGAUCGAGUGGGAAAACGGUGACAUAUAUUUCCUGCCUGAUUCCGGUUUUCAUUUCCCCGAUUAUAUGUAG